CACGUUACGCACUUGUCAUUUGUCAAUGUCAAACUAAGUUAUCACGCGUUUCCUUUUGUGCCUUGUGGUGCGAAUCCAGUGGUCAUGCGCUAUUAUUCAGUUUUAUUUACACACAAAAUAUUCCAAUGAUUAUUUACUGAUACAUAUUUUGUAACUAAUCCACAGGAUUUUGUAAAAUAAGAUGAGUGACGAUGAUCGGGAUAUUGAUAUAGAAAGUGAUGCGGAAAAUGAUUCUGAUUCGCGUACCCAUGCCAGAGGUAGUCUAGGUGGAAGUGAAUAUUACUCUCAGGCGCAAAAGAGAGCUCAUCAUAAUGCUUUGGAGAGGAAAAGGAGAGAUCACAUAAAGGAUAGUUUUACUUCACUACGGGAAGCUGUACCAGCAUUGCAAAAUGAGAAAGUGGUUAGCCGAGCACAAAUAUUAAAGAAAGCAGCUGAAUACAUUCAGUUUAUGAGACGGAAAAACAAUGCACACCAACAGGACAUAGAUGACUUAAAAAGACAAAAUAAUCUUCUUGAAACACAAAUUAGAAAUUUAGAAAAGGCCAGAACUACAGGUAACUAUGUAGAUGUCCAUGAAUUAGGACUUGGUAUUAAGUCGGAAGGCAGUUCGCACGACACCGACAGCUCCGACGGCGAGGGAACCACGCGACGUGUGAAAAAACUUAAAAUCGAUGCUGUAAAUGUGUAGUUUAUAAGUUAAAGCAAAUGUGAGGCGAGGAGGUUUAAAUCAAUUCAACAUACAACCACCACACUUCAUUACCAGCGGUUUCGUUUGGAUUAAACUGUGUUUUUUUUUGUAUUGAAAUAAUGUUGUUUGUUAAGUAACAAAAAUAAAUAGCAAUGUUUUUAUUAUGAAAAUAGUGUGUGAUCACCAAAAUAAACAGAGAGGAGCAUUUUUAUAUAGUAACAAAUUGCGAUACAAAAUUAAUGAUUGUGAAUUUUUUACAAGUCACUGCUAUUAUGGAUGUAAAUACAUGUUAAGGUACAGUAGUAAGUUAAUUUUGUCGGAAAAAAUAUUUUUUCUAUAAUUAUUGAUAAGUGUGGAACGUCUUUAUUGCAUAUGACGUUAGAACUGUAAUAUUAACAUAGAUUUUUUUAAGUGAAAUCUGUAUAUUGAGUAUUGCAAUGUCGAUAAUGUUUGGUGUGAGAUAUUUUUAUACUUAAAAUCGUCACUACGGUUUAUAAAUGAGAUGACGACGCGCUAUAAACACUAUGCAGUAUGCAGUCCAAACUGUGUCCUUUUACAUACAACUAACGUGCGCGCUGUAAACACGUGGACAGCGCGCGUAUCAAGGAGGUGCGUCAAUGGCGGAGAUUAAAACACGUCCGCACAGGCCUUUAGAUUUUAACAAUUACUUAGAAGCCACCGAUUCCUGCAACACAACACACUGUUUUACUAUUAUAUCUCGAUGUAAUAUUCAAUAUUAAGAUUGUAGACGUAAGCUUUAGUCUUCUUGAACAGGACUUUUAUGAUAACAUGCAACUCCACCAAAGUACACUACCUACGUUUUUUUUUAAAAGUAAAUAGAAUGUAACAUUCCACAAUGAAAACUUAAGUUUUUGAAUAUCUUGAACACUUUUGUUAAAUGUGCAAUAUUAAUGGUGUUCAAUUGUGGAAUUAUUUUAUGUUUCACAUAAAUUGUCUUGUAACAUAAACGAGUAACAAAUAUUUAUAUUUUUAAAUGUUUGGGCAUUUGUCCAUAUUUACUUACGUAGUUCGAUACGACUACGACGUAAUUGUUCUGGAAGACUAUGACGUUUUAAUAAAAAAAUAUAAAUACUCUGUUAAAA